AUGUUACAGAUUGUUCCUGGUAAAGACGCAGCCAGUCCAAAGAGCUACAGGCCUAUCUCCCUACUGUGCCAUACAUAUAAGCUGUUCGGGCGGCUUAUCCUCAACCGCAUCGCCCCAUUCGUGGAUGAACAUCUCAUUCCAGAACAAGCAGGGUUUAGGCCAGGAAAAUCAUGCACUGGCCAACUCCUAAACCUCACUCAGUUCAUUGAGGACGGGUAUGAGAGUAAGCUAAUCACCGGAGCUGCUUUCGUUGAUCUCUCUGCUGCCUACGACACCGUGAAUCACAGAAUCCUUACCAGGAAGAUCUUUGAGCUGACAAAGGACGUGAGACUGACUGGACUCAUCCAGACGUUGCUGUCCAAUCGGCGAUAUUUUGUGGUUCUCAAUGGGAAUCGCAGCAGAUGGCGCAGACAGAAAAAUGGCCUACCACAAGGAAGUGUGCUCGCACCGUUACUCUUUAACGUGUACACGAAUGACCAACCGAUCCACCCAAACACCAGGAGCUUCCUCUACGCCGAUGAUCUCUGCAUCGCCACCCAGAACCAGUCUUUUGUGAAGUUGGAGGAGUCCCUCAGUGAUGCCCUGGCCGGUCUCAUCCCAUACUAUGCGACCAACCACCUGAGAGCUAACCCUGAUAAAACUCAGAUAAGCGCAUUCCACCUCAAGAACAGGGAUGCCAACCAUCAACUAAGGAUCAGCUGGUAUGGGAAAAGGCUGAAGCACACUCCCAACCCAGUCUACUUAGGCGUCACACUCGAUCGCUCCCUUACCUACAAGAACCACAUUGCCAACACAAAGGCAAAAGUUAAAGCCCGCAACAGCAUCCUCAAGAAGCUAGCCAACACCAACUGGGGGACUGAUGCCAGAACAAUCCGGACGACAGCCCUCGCGCUUUGCUUCUCUGCUGCGGAGUAUGCAUCACCAGUAUGGAGUAGGUCGGCCCAUGCACCCAAGAUUGACCCAGCUCUAAAUUCAGCUUGUAGAGCGAUCACUGGAUGCCUAAGGCCAACUAAAGUAGAAGACAUCUACCUGCUCUGCGAUCCUACCCUAAACAACUACCUUCCCGGGUUUCAAACCCUGAACCUUAUUUCACCGAACUAUCCGGAAUCCGACUAUCCAGAUGACGCAGAUUUAUCUUGGAUAGUUACAUGCGAACCGUCAUUCAAGCUCCUUAUUAUGUUCGACGAACUGGACACCGAGGCCAGAUCCGAUAUUUUGAUUCUCGGUAAUGGAACCGAUCCGGAUGACUACUCGACAACGCUGAAGGAGUUUUCUGGUGUUGAGUUUAGAAGAAACAUAACUCUCGAUUCGGAGGACCAAGCGAACAUCUUUUCACCAGACUUUCCUCUAGACUACCCAGAUAACUCCGACGAACUCUGGACCAUUUCGACACCAACAAAUCACCUCAUUCUUCUCCACUUUGAGAAAUUCGUCCUAGAGGAUGUUCAGUAUGAUUCGUUAACCAUCGGAACCGGUCGGCACCCUUCGGACGCCGACUCAAAAGUGAUCGGCGUCUACGGUGGGAGCGUCGUACCCAAUGAUAUACAGUCGGCUAGUCCGUAUCUGUGGCUUCAGUUUGUCAGUGAUGGCUCGGUGUCUGUCCAAGGGUUUUGGAUAGUUGUCUCUGCAACUCGCAUUGAAGCACAAACAACAGUUACUCCAACAACUGACGCAGGCAGUUCAACCUUAAAUGCAACAGAAACACCUCCUCCGGGAAGCACAACUCCCGAGGCUCGUUCUACCAUGUAUCCUCAACCAAAAAGUACUACAGAAGGAACUCUUAUUCCUACGACAGACCCGACCUUCCUCCCUACGACAAACCCGACUAGUAGUCAGUCUGUAAAUCCGAGGUCGACUAGAGGUCUAGCGCCCUCUAAGACGAGCGAAGGCAGCACGAUGUCGUCUGCUAAGGGUUCGACAUUAAUCCUGACAUCGCCAUGGAGUACCGUCUCAGAGGUGCCGGGAUCGAAUGCCCCACGAACAGGUAAUAUGAAAGUUGUGGUGUCAACCGUGAUCAUAUCUCUGCUCGUUCUUGUUGGGUUGCUUCUCCUUGUUGUUCUAUGGCUAGUUCGACGGUCGAGAAAUUCCCCACCCCUGGUCGAUGAUGGCGGCAAGGAUUUGGGCGAAGACGACAACCUCCACCACAUCAACCCUGCCUACGAAUACCAGACCAUCGACCACAUCGUGCUAAACUCUACCCAUCACUCGCCAUCAAACGGUGAGAACUCCAUCAAAAAGCCAUUACCGCGACCACCGACCGACAUCGGCGAAGAAGACGAUCACAGAUACUCGACUUACAUCGAUACGACAAGUGAAAAGAUGAGUUCCGAUCUACCGAUGUAUCAUGGGAGUGGCGGUAACGAAAACGACCGCGAUAGUGGGUGUGAUGAAAGCGGCAUCGGUAUUGACGAGUACCACCGGUAUCCCCAUCGAGGAUCUAAUAUCGGUACCGGUUUAGAUGAUUUGGCCGAUAUCGAGUAUUACGGUACCAGCGAUUUUACAGCGAAGUCAGUUGACGGGCAGAGCGAUAAUGAAGUAUACCAAGAGAUACCGUACGAUCUGGAGACUCAAGAGAAGCAGCGAUCGACCGAUUUCGGCUCGGAUAAGAUGAAAGUGUGCGAUCUAUCGAAUGAAUUGUUGAAAGUCGGCUGCAGUGACGAUCCCAGACGAUCGAGCUCGAACAGUGACGCAAUCGCAGCUAGUUUAAUCGAGAAUGAUUUAUAUAUCCCGAUGAAGCAGGAAAGCGACGGACAUAUUUACGACGAUACAAGUGUUGGUAUGGGCAGUGGAGAUGGUGCGUACAAUGUAGCUGGUGGUGAUAGGUCGGAAGAGAAAUGGAGGAAGGCUCCCGAUGCUGUUGAAGAUCAACUGUACGAUGACACUGCGCCCCUAGAUGAAACGUUCUAUCACAUUGUCACGAGGAACGAAAGCGACGAUGAAGAUGUCAACGAACAGAUUAAGACAAACCCCACGCAACCUGAUAAUCGUAGUUCGGAAGAGAAAUGGAGGAAAGUUUCCGAUGCUGUUGACGAUGAACUGUACGAUGAUAUUGCGCCCCUGGACGACACUUUCUAUCAUGUUGUCACGAGGAACGAAAAUGACGACGAGAAUGUCAACGAGCAGAUUCAGACAAAUCCCAUACAACCUGAUAAUCAUAAUCCUGCGAAUCAGAUCCAUGGAAAAAGCGAUGCAGUUGAAAUUCCUGGUAAUAACGACCGCGUGGUCUGGAGAAAUGAAACCGUCAACGAUAUGGACAAUGAUUGUGAUGAUGCUUCAAAUGAACAUGCUGAGCUCGAGCCUGUCGACGAUGAAGCUGUCGAUGAUCCAGAGUAUCAAAUCGUUGACAGGAAUGAAAUCGACGAUGAGAUUGGGGAGGACAUAGAUACACACGGACUCGAUGUUGACGACGCGAUUGAUGCCGGCAUCAUGAGCACUGUUAUGGUCGACAAUGAAUUGUACAGACCGCUAUGUAUUGUCGAAGAUUCAGGAAAUCUUGAGGAAGAAAAUCAGACGUUUCAAAAUGAUACUGUAAUAUAA